CGAUCACCAACCAAUCCGCGAAGUUCCGAAACCGAGAAUACAAUUACCACCUAUUACAGUACCUUACAGUACAAGCACGGGCUUUGGGCUACCUCACUUCUGCCACCAAAAUAGCCGCGGAUCCUCAUCACAUUUACCUACACCCCCCGGUCCCCGGCUAGUCAGCGCAACACAACAAAAGACAAACAAAAAGGACCAGGAACAAGGCCCAGGGUGUCAUUCAUUUCGAUCCAAUCCAAUUCUUCAUAUAUCCAUCUGCCAGCACCCCUACCAUUUCAGCUUUUCCCAUCUUGCUCUUCCCUUCAAGACAUUCUGCUUUCCAGCUGCAUCUCUCAAGAGCAGUACUGGUACUAAAUCCAAAAGCUUCGACGAGCUGGUCUCUUGAAACGUCUAACAAGCUUGGGUCGUGUUUGUGCUCUCACCUUGCAUACACGCAUGCAUAAACAUCCUUUAAUAGCAACAACCUGACACGCAUAUUGUCUUGUUUGCUUCCCCGUCGACCAACAACCCAUUCCUACCCCUCCAGCUCAUCAUCCGACCUGGCUCAGCCAUAUAUACCAAUACGGCACCUCGACAACGUUUACUAUACCUCCCUACAUUAGCCAACACCAACUCACAACACCGCAACGAUGCCCCGAGGAACCACUUCCAACGUCCCCAAGGUCCCACUCUUUGGUGUACCCAAGAGACGCAAGCAGAGGCAGCAACAAGAGCAAGAGCAAAAGGACAAAGAGGAGAAGCUCCGCCUACAAGCUCUCGAGGAAGCUGAAUUCGCAACCAAGGCCGAAACUUCAGACUUCCUCCUUUACUACCUUGAGCGAUCCCCCUUCAAGGACCAAUCCGAUCAGAUCUCCAUUGCCUGGGAGAACCUACCCAGCCUAGGCGAGCUUGAGUCUUUUGCCAGGCUCGACAAAACUGCUGGCACACAAGCCUGCCGUCGUUUAUUCAAGGCCGUCGUCAUCUGGGACGAUCUUGGUCUUGAUCUCUGGGAGACUCUUAACAGUACCUUCCACCCUGAAAGCGACGAAGAGGACAGCGAUGAUGAUCUCCUUGACGAAAUCUCAGAAGAGCCCAUUGGCUGGGAUCACGCAAGCCCUCGAAGAUCCCGAUCUCGCGCCAGUUCCAGGACUUCUUCCUCUGAGACACACAACUCUGAACGCUCUCGCCAAAUCUCCUCAGAGCGACAAAAUCAGCGUGAGCAUAGCCGCGAUUCGCGCAAGACAGCUUCCGCACGAGACCAGAGUGUCAACGGAAGAUUACCUCCCCGGAGACCUAUGGGUCUUCAGGGCGGUAUGAUCAGCGAGUACUACGACAGCCCCUCGCGGUAUCGUGUUCCCAAGAUUGUGCGCGUCCUAUAA